AGCGCGCCCGAUAUAGGCUCUUUCGGGACCCCGCAUAGGUACUUGCUCGAUUUCGCCCGUUACACUACGCCUACGUAGUAUGCAUUACACGGCAUCUGCAUAUGUAGCACCGUUUGUUGCAUCUUUCUCAGAGUAACUUGUUUCUCCGAUCCUUUAUUUCUUCAUUCCUUGUCUUUUCUGCUUGACAAUUCUUCUGUUAUCAAGCAGAUUCGUCCCAAGAUAGUUCAAGCCUCGGUAUCAACUUACGUUCUUUGUUGAAACCAGACUACCUACUACUUACCACACACAUCAUAUCACAGCAAAGCUUGCAACAGAUCAACGCAGGUUGCACAUCACAUCAUGAAGCUCCUCUACCCCACAUCCCUCAAGCUCGACAUCCAGAGCCUCGAGGGCUUCGGCACCACCCUGCACCCCUACGACGUGAAAGCCCCCAUCCCCGACGAGCUGACCGACGCCGAGAUCCUCGUGACCUGGACCAACACCGCCGACAACCUCCGCGACGCCGCCAAGCGCCUCACCAAGCUCCGCUGGAUCCAGUCUCUCGCCGCGGGCCCCAACGACGUCCUCAGCGCCGGCUUUCCCAAGUCCGUCCUCGUGACCACGGGCUCCGGCCUCCACGACCGCACCGUCGCCGAGCAUGCCCUCGGCCUCUUACUCACCUCCGCGCGCCGCUUCGACGCCAUGCGCGAGGCACAGCUGCAGAAGCGCUGGCCCGCGGAGCUCGGCGGCCCGCAGCCAGAUAGGCCGAAGGACCGCUUCACGACGCUGCGCGACGCCCGCGUCACCAUCUGGGGCUACGGCAACAUCGCCAAGACCCUCGCCCCCUACCUGACUGCCCUGGGCGCUACUGUCCGCGGCAUAGCUCGCUCCGCCGGCGUCCGCAACGGCGUCGAGGUCUACGCUGACGAUCGCCUCGCGGACCUGCUCCCGCACACCGACGCGCUCGUCAUGAUCCUCCCCGGCGACGCGAGCACGGCCGACGUGCUCAACGCGAAGACGCUCGCGCUGCUGCCGAGGCACGCGUGGGUCGUCAAUGUCGGGCGGGGCACCAGCAUCGACGAGGAUGCGCUCGUGGAUGCGUUGGAGAAGGGGCAGCUAGGGGGCGCGGCGUUGGAUGUGUUUAAGACGGAGCCGCUGCCCGAGACGUCGAGGCUGUGGGCGGCGCCGAAUGUGCUGGUUAGUCCGCAUGCGGCGGGCGGCAGGCCGCAGGACGCGGAGGCGUUGGUGGCGUAUAACUUGCGGAGGUUUUUGGCGGGGCAGGAGUUGAGGAAUUUGGUGUAGCCAUUAUGGGGCAGGAGUGUGCUGUAGGGUGUAGAUUGGGGUAGGG